AUGCGGUGGCGGCUGCCGGGCGUCCGUUCGACACUGCCCGCCAGUGUCGCACUCCUCCUUCUCCCAACUCUGGUCGCUCCGCUGCAGCAAUCAGAAGCCCAUGACUCUAUCUCUCGUGUCUCUGUGCCACUAGCACAGGAGUCAUCAAAUCAUGCGGCCCCAGUGGCCGCACCACCCAUCGUGAAACCCAACGAUGCGAGCGCCCUUGCUACUCUGGCUCUGGCAGGCUCCGGCCGUGCCGUUCGAGCCCCUCCUGUCCAGGCCAGCAGCACCUCUGCGGGCUUGGCUUCGCAGCUUCACGCGCGGUCCUUGCAGGACUGGGAGGUUGAGGAUUUUGUGCUGCUGGCGACCGUCGAUGGAACAAUUCACGCCCGUGAUCGCAAGACCGGGGCUGCUCGUUGGGCCCUGGAGGUCCCGAGCAGUCCUCUGGUUGAGAGUAUCUACCACCGAGCGAAUCGUUCCAGUUUUGACGAUACAGCCCCCGAAGACGACUUUUUGUGGAUUGUCGAACCGAGCCAAGACGGUAGCCUUUAUAUCUACAGCCCCGCCCCAGACGCCGGCUUGCAAAAGCUCGGCUUAACCGUGAAGCAGCUUGUCGAUGAAACCCCGUAUUCCGGUACCGAGCCUGCCGUGACCUAUACCGCCCGGAAAGAGACUACAUUGUACACCAUUGAUGCCCGGACUGGCAGCAUUUUGCGGGUAUUUAGUUCCCGUGGUCCAAUUACCGCUGCACCUGAAUGUCGGAAAGUGAACGGAGAAGAUCUGGACUCCGAUGAGUGUGAAUCGACAUCUGGCACUUUGGUUCUUGGUCGGGUUGAAUAUGCCGUCGCCAUACAAAACACCGAGACGGGAGAUCCAAUUUGCACCUUGAAGUACUCCGAGUGGGCACCGAAUAACCGUGAUAUGGACCUGCAAAGUCAGUACUAUAGGACAAUGGAUGAAAGCCACAUUUACAGUAUGCAUGAUGGCGUUGUGCUGGGAUUCGAUCACUCGCGCAUGGAUAGACCUCGCUAUACCCAGCGCUUUUCAUCUCCUGUGGCGAGAGUCUUUGAUGUGGUUCGUCCUGCCAACAAAGAUGGACCAGGUGCCUCUACCCCGCUGGUCCUGCUCUCACAACCUCUUCAGCCACCGGAUCCUGAUUAUGGAUCCCUUGACGAUGAACGGGACAUGCGUGUGUUCAUCGAUUGUACUGAGGCAGGGGGCUGGUAUGCCUUUUCAGAGGAAACCUAUCCCCUGGCCACGGGCCGCGCCCCCAUGGCUCAAUGCUAUGACAAAGACUUCUUCCGCCAUGGACAAGCACUCAUGAGUCUGACUGCGCGUCAGCAGCGGAAUGCGUUAGCCGGUGUUCACUCUCUCACUGGCCCUCGUACCAUCCGUCCACAUAUUCCUAGAAUCGCUGGGUCGUCUACUUCUGAACUCUCCAAUGACACACCACGAGAUAUCAUUCGCAGUCCUUCUGAGCUGGCUUUGCCUCCCGCCUUACGAAAUAGCGCCAUCAUUCGCAAAAGCUGGGACAAUGCUUUGGAUAUCGUUGUGACGUUGAUUUUACUGUUCAUCUGCACCUUCAUUUACUUCAACUCGCAUCACCUUCGAGAUCUGGCCAAGCAGAAAUUGGACAUCAAGAACAUCAUCAACUCCAAUGAUAAGCCUUCUCUCUCGACCCCUUCCACCCCCGUCGUCGGCGGUGCUCCGGAUAUCAAACGUUCAUCUACGCCAGCGCAGCAACUUCCUAAUGUCACUGUGAACUUGGAUUUGGAUGAUACAUCACCAGAGGGAGGAUCAACCCCCCGUGCCUCGCAAGACACUCCAAAUUCUACCCCCCGGGUGCAAAUUCGUGAACCGUCGCGUGGGCCUGAUGACGAGGACGCCGAUGAACCUGGAAAGCCAAAGAAAAAGCCCCGCGCUCGUGGAUCUCGAGGAGGAAAGUCUCACCGCCGCCGCAAGAAGCCUGGCAGUGAGGGCGACAGCCCCGAGGGAGCCGAUCAGGGCGUGGAGCAGGUCAAUAACCUGGCCCCCCAGGCUCGACUCGAGGCCGAUACCCAGAUGGUGCGGACGGUUUCGAACGAGAUUAUUGAGAUGGAUGGCGUUGUUCGCAUCGGCAGGCUUCAGGUGUUCACUGAUGUUGUGCUGGGACAUGGCAGCCAUGGAACUGUGGUUUACCGCGGUUCGUUUGAUGGAAGAGACGUCGCCGUCAAGCGUAUGUUGAUGGAAUUCUACGACAUUGCAUCCCAUGAGGUGGGCCUAUUACAGGAAAGCGAUGACCAUCAUAACGUGAUCCGAUACUUUUGCCGUGAGCAAGCCACCGGGUUCUUGUAUAUUGGCCUCGAGCUUUGUCCAGCAUCUCUUCAGGAUGUGAUUGAGCGUCCUGAUAACUACCCCGAGCUUGUUCAGACCGGCUUAGACAUGCCCGACGUACUACGGCAGAUCACACAGGGUGUCCGUUACUUGCACUCUUUGAAGAUCGUCCAUCGUGAUUUGAAGCCGCAGAACAUUCUCGUGGCUAUGCCGCGUGGCCGUACUGUUUCGCGGGCAUUGCGACUCCUUAUCUCGGAUUUUGGCCUGUGCAAGAAACUUGAAGACAAUCAAAGCUCGUUCCGGGCAACCACUGCCCACGCCGCUGGAACUUCCGGCUGGCGUGCCCCUGAGCUCCUGGUGGACGAUGAUGGUCCUUUGUCCCUCGCAUCCCAGCACACUGAGUCCUCGGAGCCCGCUGUGGUGGACCCACAGACAAACCGCCGCGCCACCAGGGCCAUUGACAUCUUCUCACUUGGUUGUGUGUUCUACUAUGUCUUGACCCGGGGCAGCCACCCAUUCGACAAAAAUGGCAAGUUCAUGCGCGAGGCAAACAUCGUCAAGGGCCAAUUCGAUCUGGAGGAAUUAAACCGGUUAGGCGACUACGCUUUCGAGGCGGAUGAUCUCAUCCGCUCGAUGUUGUCUCUAGACCCUCGCCAGCGUCCUGACGCAAGCGCUGUAUUGAUGCACCCGUUCUUCUGGCCCCCAUCAGACCGUCUCACCUUCCUCUGCGAUGUAUCUGACCACUUCGAGUUUGAGCCCCGCGAUCCUCCCUCAGACGCACUGCUUUGCCUGGAAUCAGUAGCCAGGCGGGUAAUGGGUCCUGAAAUGGAUUUCCUUCGGUCAUUGCCGCGAGACUUCAAAGACAAUCUUGGCAAGCAGCGCAAGUACACCGGGUCGCGGAUGUUGGAUCUUUUGAGGGCUCUCCGUAACAAGCGCAAUCACUACAACGAUAUGCCUGACCACCUUAAGGAUAAUAUUGGCGGUUUGCCCGAAGGGUACCUCAAUUUCUGGACAUACAGAUUCCCGAGCUUGUUGAUGAGCUGCCAUGCGGUCGUUGUUGAGCUGGACUUGACUCGCAAUGAUCGCUUCCGGAGGUAUUUUGUGCCUCCAGAAUAG